UAAAAAAAAAAAAAAAAAAACAAAAGCCCUAAUUUUACCCAAACGACGACUCUCAUCUUACCCUGUUCCAUCGAAGAAGGAAGAACCACCAUUCAAGCUGCUUUAAUUCACUCCACUUUUUUCAAACACAAUUCCUUUAAAAUUGUUUCAAAAUCAUACAUCUUUAUUUUUUAAUUUUUUUUUUUACUUUCAACUGUUUCAAAACCAAUUUCUUUGCUUUCAAGGAACCCUUAUCCUUGAUUUCAUUUCCUCUUUAUGCUUCUAAUUUGUUGAUUUUUCUGAUCGUUGUUUUUGUAUGCUAGGGUUUCACUUUUUCCACAAAUUUGGAACAUACUAAAUCAGUCUUAAUUCUCCCCAGGAUUCGUCUUCAUUAACCUCCAUUUUAAUCUUUUACUAGGAUCCAGGUGUGAAAAAUGGGUGACAAAUCAGAUAGUAAAACUAAAAAGGCAUCUUCACCAUAUGUUGUUCUUGAAAACCGACCCCUAGAUCAAUGGAAAGUAACCGAGUUAAAAGAGGAACUCAAGAAGCGAAAAUUAAUCACAAGGGGAUUAAAAGAAGAGCUUGUUAAGAGGUUGGAUGAAGCCAUACGGGCCGAAAUGGAUGAUGAUGACGAUGAUAAAAGAAAUCUUGAAAAUGACUCGAACAAUGAUGCAGAGAAUACCGUAGACGCCAUGGAUCACACCAUGAUUCAAAAUGAGAAAUUAGAGAAAGAUAAUAGGGUAGACGAUUUAGAAAACAAGAGCGAUGAGAAUACAGAUGUCGAAAUGGGAACGAAUACGGUUCAUGUUGAUGAUGGUUUGCAGUCAUUAACCGAAAAAACGGUUACAAAAGAUCAUGGUGGCAUUGCUUCUACUGAAGUGGAAACCGCUUUUAUGGUAUCUGAAGCGUCUGGUGGUGGUUCGAACCAGGAACCAAGAAACGGUGAGCCGAAGCCGGAAUCACGGUCUCCUGAACAAGAACCAGCCGAGCCCGGUUCGUCAGAUCUCAUAAGUGGCAAACAGGUAGAUGAGGUCAGCAAAGUACAAUCUGAUUCUAUUUCUGUUGAUACUAUCUCAAUUAUUGAAAAGAAUGAACUAAAGGAUAAUGUAAUUGGUGAUGAAGUCAAAUCAGAAGCGGUCAAAGUUGCUAAAGAGAAAGAUAUCGACAACGUUAAAAGUACUGGUUUUAUCAACGAUAAAGAUAAUGUAAUUGCUAACGAUGUUAAGCUUGUGAAUGAAUCACUAGUGGAAAAGGUUAUUGCUGAAGAGAAAGAUGUCAACGGUGCUGAAAAUGUUGAUAUUUCUAAGAAAAACGAUAGUGGAGAUGUGGCUGUUGAAGAUAAAACUGCUCCUAGCGUGACAUCUACAAAAAGAAAGCCUAAUGACCUGGAAAAGGCAGCAGAAAACAGCGAAACACUAAAACGGCAGCGCAAGUGGAAUUCCGAAAACCUUGAAGUACCCAAACAACCAACAAAUCUUUCCACUUCCACUACACCUAAGGAUGCAUUUCAGACUGUUGCCAAACCCGCCUUUUCGAGAUCUGAGUCAACGAAAAGUCAAGAUUUGCCAAAAGCACGCGUCGUUCCCCCUUCAUCAAAGGCUCCAACUACUUCUCUGCGAAUCGAUAAUUUUUUGCGUCCUUUCACUUUAAAGGCUGUGCAAGAAUUUCUUGGCAAAACGGGUACGGUUGUUAGUUUCUGGAUGGAUCAAAUCAAAACACACUGUUAUGUUACGUAUGCAUCAGUGGAAGAAGCUAUAGAGACACGAAACGCUGUAUGCAACCUACAAUGGCCCGUGAACGGUGGACGUCUUUUGAUGGCCGACUUUGUGGACCCACAAGAAGUUAAGAAUCGGGUCGACCCACCUCCACCAUCUCCAGAAACUCCGUCCACCACCACCGCCGCACCUCUUGCCACUGUGCAACCGCCACAACCCUCUCCUCGCCUGAAACAACCGCUCCCUACUCCACCUCCGCCACCACUGUCUAACCCACCACCAGCAAGAAACCGCGCACCACCACCUCUCGAAAAAGUCGAUCCACCGAUCGUUACAUUGGAUGAUCUUUUUAAAAAGACGAGAGCUACCCCUCGUAUCUACUACUUACCGCUUUCUGACGAACAAGUUGCGGCAAAACUGAAGGGUCAGGGGAAACCGAAACCUGGGAAUGCGUAGGGCUUAGAUCAAUGUAAAGAUACUGGUAGUAGUAUUAUAUAAUCACGUGUUUGCAGGUCUGCAGGUAAUGCGUUUAGGAAGGAACGAUCGAGCAAAGGUGGGCCCCAGGAUGUGCUCGGUGGUUUUUGGGCCAAACCGAGUUUGGAUUCGGGAGUCUCGCUAUAUUGGGAUUUUUUAUUGGACCCAUUUUAUGUUGGUUUAGGAUCUAGUUGUGUAAUUGUCUCUUGGUGUGCAAAAUGGUUUAGCUUUUUGUUGGCUAGAGGUGCACAUUGCUUUACCGUUGAGACGGUUAAAAUGCAAUCUAUAUAAAAGUUGGACUAAAAAAAUUAAAAAAGAAUAUAUUAUAUAACAAUUUUAACCCAUGUCAACCUGUU